AUGUCUAUGUCAGGCAAAGUGAUUGGUGUAACUGGUGCUGGAAGUGGCAUAGGUCGCGCUACGGCAAUGCUUUUAAGCAGACAAGGCGCAACACUGUCGUUGACAGACUUGAACCAAGCCAGCUUGGAUCAGACUGUGGAGCUGCUUGAUAAGAGUCAAUCCCACAAUGUCAUGACAAUGGUAGUCAAUGUGGUGGAUACAGAACAGGUUCAUGCUUGGAUCAGGCAAACUGUGGCGAAGUUCAAGCGAUUCGAUGGUGCUGCCAACGUUGCUGGUAUUUUCAGACCUCUUCGACUCGAAGAUUCGACUAUCAGUGAUUGGGAUCUUAUGAUGGACGUCAAUGCAAAGGGAGUCUUCCACUGCUUGCAAGCCCAGAUUAGAGCUUUUGAUGAUGCAGGCGGCAGUAUUGUGACGGUCGCAUCAUCUGCAGGCGUUAAAGGCCUAGCUUCGGCGCCGAUUUACGCAGCGUCGAAACAUGCUGUUAUUGGAUUAUGCUCCUCUGUCGCGCAAGACGUUGCAUGCAGAAAGAUUCGAGUCAACACGGUCGCCCCAGGACUGGUAGACACCCCCAUGACUCAAUCCGUGCUGCUUGCAGGCACUCAACGAGCUAACCCCAUGAACCGAGCUGCACGCGUAGAAGAAAUUGCCAGCGUAGUCGUGUACCUUUUGAGUGAUGACUCGUCAUUCGUGACAGGGGCUUGUUGGCGAGUGGACGGUGGAUAUACUAUAUAA